AUUUUGCUUUAGUGCUUUGCGCCCCUGGCCUCAUCCACCUUGAGCCUCGCACAUGUUCACUCGACUCGGAGUCCCGUCCCUUCUGUUGACACCCCGCCACAUCUAUUCAAGACGCUUCCUCAACUCCUCCUCCGACUCCAUUUCUCCGAGGCCGACAUCGUUCGUUUCGUACCUCAAAAACUGCAAAUCCCUGCACCAACUCAAGCAAAUCCACGCCCGGGUCUUCCGGGUCGGGCUCGAACAGCAUGAGAACGUCCUCAACAAGCUCGUGGCCUUUUGCGCCGACCCUUCUCGCGGAGACUUGCGUCACGCUGAGAGGGUGUUCGAUUACGCGAAAGACCCGAGCUUGUUCGUGUAUAAUAUAGUCAUCAAGGCAUUGGCGAAGAGCGGUGAGUUAGGAAAGGCUGUGUCGGUCUUCCAUAAGCUGAGGUUGCGGGGGCUGUCACCUGAUAAUUUUACGUACCCGUACGUCUUGAAGGCCAUUGGGUGUUUGGGAGCCCUAGAUGAAGGCGAAAAGGUUCACGGGUAUGUGGUGAAAUCUGGGCUUGAGUUCGAUGCGUAUGUCUGUAACUCGAUCAUGGAUAUGUAUGCAGAGUUUUGCCGGACAGCGAGUAUGAAGCGGGUGUUCGAUGAAAUGCCUGAGAGAGAUGUUGUUUCUUGGAACAUAAUGAUUUCUGGACAUGUUAGGUGUAGGAGGUUUGAUGAUGCCGUUAGUAUUUUCAAGAGAAUGCUGGUCGAGAGCAGCGCAACGCCGGAAGAAGCUACUGUUGUGAGCACACUUUCAGCUUGCACGGCAUUGAAGUUAUUGGAACUCGGCAUGGAAAUUCAUGAUUAUGUAAAUAAGGAGCUUAUAUGCACGUCGAUUAUUAGCAAUGCCUUAUUGGAUAUGUAUUCGAAAUGUGGCCAUUUAGAUGUGGCUCGCAAAAUAUUUGAUGAGAUGCCAACUAAGAAUGUUAUCUGUUGGACGAGCAUGAUUUCUGGAUAUGUGAAUGGCGGUCGGCUUGAUGAAGCCAGAGAGUUAUUUGAUAGGAGUCCAGUUAAGGAUAUUGUCCUGUGGACAGCUAUGAUCAAUGGCUACGUGCAAUUCAAUCGUUUUGAUGAGGCAAUCGAUUUGUUUCGAGAUCUGCAAGUUAGGAGGAUUAAACCUGAUAAGUUUACUACCGUUGCUCUCCUCACUGGUUGUGCUCAAUGUGGAGCUCUGGAGCAAGGGAAAUGGAUUCAUGGAUACAUAGAUGAAAAUGGAAUACAGCUAGAUGCUGUUGUUGGAACUGCUCUAAUCGAUAUGUAUGCUAAAUGUGGUUGUAUAGACAAAGCCUUGGACAUCUUCUAUAGGUUAAAGAUUCAUGACACGGCCUCUUGGACUUCUAUCAUAUGUGGGCUCGCCAUGAAUGGUAGAACAGGGGAGGCAUUGAAUCUGUUCAUAGGAAUGAGAGAUCAUGGAUUCAAACCAGAUGACGUAACGUUUAUUGGUGUUUUGAGUGCGUGUAGCCAUGGAGGAUUAGUUAAGGAAGGACGCCAAUUGUUUAGCGUAAUGACAGAAGCUUAUGGGAUUGAGCCGAAGGUAGAGCACUAUGGGUGUAUGAUUGAUCUCCUUGGUCGUGUUGGAUUAUUAGAUGAAGCAGAGAAAUUAAUAGAAAAUGUUCCAAAUGAAAACGAUGAGAUUGCAAUUCCACUUUAUGGGGCUCUGCUUAGUGCUUGCAGACUUCAUGGUAAUAUAAACAUGGCUGAACGGAUGGCUGAACGGCUUGUGAAAAUGGAAUUUAAUGAUUCUAGCAUCCAUACUCUUCUUGCCAAUAUCUAUGCAUCUGCUAACAGAUGGGAAGAUGUUGCAAGGGUGAGAAGUAAAAUGGAAGAUCUCGGCAUAAAAAAGUCACCUGGUUGUAGUUCAAUUGAAGUGAAUGGCAUAAUCCAUGAAUUUAUUGUUGGGGAUCCAUCGUGUCCUGAGAUGUAUGAUAUAUGUUUGAUGUUGGACAAAAUGAUGGAUAUGUUAAUGGGCUCUGAAGAAAGCAAAAUGGGAGAAGAAGAUGUGGUUACAUUAAGUUUCUGAAGAGACCACGUUGUCUAAUGGAGUUCAAUCUCAAAUGAGACUCGAUCGUUCAACUUGAGGAUUACAACAGAGAGACACAUUUUGGCCCAUAACACUACUUCCAUCAUUCAUUAAGCCGUGGCCAUGCUAGCAAGAUCAUGUCUCCUUGAUUCGAAAUUUGUCCUUGUUAAUUCAAAAUUAACUUUAUCUUGACAAAUAGUUGUCGUUCAUGGUUUCAGUUUCAUACCUCUACAGAUUUAUCUGCCCAUAUUUCUGUUGACACACGCUGUGGUAAUGUGGAAAGAUUAUUCUUUGCUUUUUGGGGUAUAUCUAAGGAGUGAAUUUUUCACAUGCAGGUUGGUACUCUUUCCCUGAUCAGUCAUCAAGGUCUAUAACCAAGUGCCAAUAUGCUUGAAGCUUCCUCGAUUAUUUCCUUUCGGGAAGUCUUGAUCUUGAAACUCCUUUCCAUUGGUGGGAUUGGCACUGUGGUGUAGGUUUUGACUGCAAUAGCCCAAAUGCCCCAUCAACAAAUUCAUCAACUCGAGGAUGGACUGAAUGUUGAAAGUAGGUUGUUGGUUUUACAUUGUAUUCCCUUACUGCAUAGAGUGUUGUUAUUUUCAUUCUAUUUGAUCUUUAUAAUUCUGCUAGUGAAGGUUUGAAUCAUAAUAAGGAUCUUGGAGCAACACUACUUUUCUUAAUAGGAGACUUGAUCUGAAAAAUCUAUGACAACAAUGUUCAACCUGCAGGUCCCUGUGGGCUGAAUAAGUGUCUGCUCUGCUUCGGUCGAGGACCACACAAGGUGGAGAGUGGGGUCAUUGGUGCACUCUGCUCAGGUUAGGGAGCUCGCAGUCGCAGGAAAUGCCAGCAAAGAUCACGAGGUGCACCUUAUUACUCCCCAACACUUCCAGCUCAAUAUGCAGUGCAGAUAUGAAUUAUAAAAAUAACACUGACAGGUGGAGGCUUUAUUUCCCAUUUUCAGGUCACUUCAUAAGUCAACCAAGGACUAGAUUCCCAUGCAGCUGUGUAGGAAAUGCCAGCAAAGAUCAUGAGGUUCGCCUUCUUACUUACCAGCACUUGCAGCUCAAUAUGCAGUCAAGUGAUGAAGAGCUCGUCAUUCUUAUUAAAAUGACCCUUGCCGCUGGAAAUGUUAUUUCCCACUUUCACCGGUCACUUCAUAAAUCAAACAAGGACUAGAUUACUGUGCAGCUGCAUACCAUUACAAUGUUGUAACUAGAGCCUUCAUUAUGUGGUUUCUCUAGUAGUGCUUCUUGUGUAAUGAACUCGAGCGAGCAUGAGUACUCUCACAUUAGUUACAUUUGUCUAUGUUUCUAUAAAUUGCGUUCUCAGCUGGCCAGUAGGAAGACAGCGGCAAGUUCUAUCGUGUAAUGGGUGCAAGCUCACACUAUCAGAACCUUAGUGUAAGAGCUCUGUGUAAGACUCUCAUUCUCCAUCAAAGGACUUUUGAUUGUACUGUCGAUGAUUGCAAGAAACAGAAACAGAAGUUUUGCUUGAGAAGAAGAACAAGAGCCUUGAAUCCCAACUUCCAGUUCGGUUUCUCAGAAGAAACUGCAUUUAGGUGAUACAGUUAGUCUAGCAGAGACGGGGGUCACUGCAAGGGUGAAAAUAAGAUCUUUUGUCAGUUAAUUCGUCUUCCCAGCAAUGCAAAGCAGAGAUGGUAGUCCCCAGUUAGAUUUAAUUUCACUUGACA